AUGACCCUCGCCGCGCUCACCAACGGCGACGCUGUCGGCCAGACGGCCGCAGCCUUCAUGGCCUCCGCAACCCAGGCCGACAUCGCGCGCCCCUACACGCCAGAGCAGGUAGACCGUCUCUCGCCGGCUCUCGCGCGACCAGCUCCGAACACCAUGCCACUCGCGCUCCGCGCCACGCUCGAGGCGCACCGGGUGGCCUUCACCACCGCCCAGGUGCUAGGCACGGCCGACGCCGUCUCCCUCGACGCGGUCACCAAGGCCGGCGCGCAGGUCGGCUACGUGUCCGGCGCGGCGCUGAGCUUUGCCGACUGCGCUGACCCCGGCGCCGACCUGAGCGACUACCCGUAUGACACGGUAUCUAAGCGCGUGGCGCUGCUCACCUCGGCGCAGAGCUUCCAUGCGACGCUGGGCAGCGCCCUCGGGUCCCCUCGCCCCGCGAUCCCUCUCAUCGCUGACGCUGACUCGGGCUUCGGGCUCUUCAGCACUGUCAUGAAGGCGACGCGCGGGCUCGUCGACGCCGGCGUGGCAGGGUUCCACCUCGACGACCUGCUGCCCGGCUCCAAGCGGUUCGACCACGCCCACGGCCGCGGCGCCGUGCUCGUCCCGUUCGCAGAGUACUCGCAGCGCCUGAGCGCCGCCAAGCUCCAGCUGGACAUUAUGCGCUCCGAGGCCGUGCUCAUCGGCCGCACGGACGCGGUCGACGCGACGCAUAUAACCAGCAGCGUCGACCCCGUCGACAGGCCGUUCAUCCUCGGCGCGACGGUGCGCCUCGGGACGAGCUACGCGGCGUUUGUGUCCCCGUCUGAGGCGGAUCCCCACGCGUCGGCCGAGGACGGGGCGGCGUGGGUCGCCCAAGCGGGCUUGUGUACCCUCGACGAGGCGUUCGCCGCUGCCGCCCUGCACCUCCGCUCGAGCUUCACCGUCGCCUCGAUCGGGGUGAGCGUCUCCGACGCGAAACGCGUCGCAGACGACCUUCUGGCCGCUGCUGGCCUGCCGCGGCUUGAGUGGGAUCCCGAGGUCGCGCGGACGACGCAAGGAUGGUACGCUUACCGCGGCGGCGUGGACGCCGCUAUCGUCCGCAGCGUCCACGCCGCCCCCCUCGUCGACGUCCUCUGGGCAUGUACCUUCCAGCUCGACUUGACCCUUGCGCGGCGGUACGCUUCGGCGGUCAAGGAGAAAUUCCCACUCAAGUACCUCAUGUUCAACACGAGCCAUGCGCGGCGAGCGCAUGUGGCAUGUGAGUGUGUGGGCUUUGGGCUGUGCUGA